AUGGUGCUCAAUUCGGACGAGGAAGAGGCGCCUGCAAAGAUGAUCUGGUCUGGUCUGCCAGUGUGGCAAAUGGAAAUCAUCUCUUCGCGCCAGUCCCCCAGCUCCAGUACGCCCAAAGGCUCCAUUCUCCUCUUCUGCGGCGGGCACGAAGACUCGGCCAAGCUGGGUCAUCCCGAAAAGGGCUCCGGCACUGGAAUUCGGGUAUACUCUUUGGCCAGCUUGAUCUCGCUCGCUCGAUGGUCUGCUCUACAGCAACCAGGGUAUCAAGGGCGCGAUAUGGCUCCAGAGGGAUCGCGGGCAAAGGAGUGGACCAUGGUGGACCAGUUUUCCAUCCAUGCUCUGUCCGAUAGACAAGCUCCGAGCGCUUCAGCUGGUGGGCAGACAGACUUGCCAAAGGCCUGGUCAGGCGACUAUACGGUUCUUCAGCGGAGUACUGCCUCUGAAAAGAUCGGCAAUAGGCGUCGUUCGGGCUCUAUCGGGCACGUAGCAGUCAGGUCCCAAGAUAUUCUCUGCACGGUCGUGUGGCGAGACGAAGGUCGGGUCUAUGUCGCAUCCGGCAUGACAUCCCAAGCCGUCGUCCACGAGGGUACAGUCGACCAAGAUGGUAUGACGACGUUUAUUCGCAAGAAAAGCCUUGCGCUUCCCGCAGCGCCAGUUUGUAUGGGGUUCAUGAAGCUGCCGGGAAGUGGGUUCAUGCCGAGCAGGGCAGAGAGUAUAGACCUGGCAGAUGAUGCCAGCUCUGUUUUUGAGUACGGCCGGCCACCUUCCUCACUGUCGAGAACAUCAUCGUCAUACUCUUCUAUGCGCUCGCGUCAAUCGCAUUCCCGCUCGAGCUCUCGUGCCCCGUCGGUCAAGGACAACCUCAACCUCGGGCUAUACGUUUCCUUUGGGCAGAAGGCGUGCCUGAUUGGCGUCAGCGAUGCAGUCGUCCUGGGGAUCAAGUCGAGAGGGCACGAUGGUGACGGGAUGGGCGAGUGGGGCCCGUUGAAGAGGCUGGUGCUGCCCGACGGGGGCUUGAGGGGAGAGGCCGGCGAGGUCUAUGCAAUCACAAGAGGCAGGGAGACUUGUCUUUUUGCUUUCCAUCUCAUCUGA